AUGAACGCUGCGGGAGCCCCUUCGGCUUUCGCGGCUCGCGCCGACCCCUACUACGCCGCUCGAGACGAGACGGCCGAGGGCGUCAGGGACCUCGAGCGCUCCUUCCGCGAUUGGCAGCACAGGGCCAGCGAUCCGAGGAAACAAGCCGCCGCCGCGUCGCGCCUGCUGGAGACCGCAGACGAGCUGCUGGAGGAGCUGGGGACGAUCGAGAAGACUGUGGAGGCGGCGGAGCGCCACGCGGCGCGCUUCGGCCUCUCCCCCGAGGAAGUGCAGCAGCGCAGGGCUUUCGUGACGACGCAGCGCGCCACCCUCCAGUCCAUUCAAUCGCGAGUCUCGGCGGCGCUGCAGGCGCAGAAGGCCGCGGCUUCGCACGCUUCUUCGCGAGUCGCCGCGGAGGCGAACGCGGCGUUUUUUCACACACAGCAGCAGCAACACGAGCAACUGCUUCUACAGCAAGAUUCGCAACUACAAGAGCUCUCGCAGAGCGCAGACCGGCUCCACGAGACGGCCAUGAUGAUCAAUCAGGAGCUCGAGAAUCAACAGCGCAUGCUGAACGAGCUCGACGAAGACAUCGAACACCAGACGGCUCAGAUGAACUUCCUCAUGCGGCGCAUGGCGAAGAUUCUGAAGACCUCCAAUUUGAGGCAGCUGUGCCUCAUCCUGUGGCUGACGUGUAUCGCCUUCCUGCUUUUUGUUCUUCUAAUCAUCACGUAG